AUGUCCAGUUUAUCAGCUUGUGCGCUGCGGACAGCGAGCCGCCGAGCCGCCGCAAGCUCUUCGCCCUUGCGAAACCUGCCCCGUGCCGCCUUGGUGGCGACGCGGUCCCCGGCUCCGAAAAGGGGAUAUGUGACCGAGACCAGACAUGACCAAGCGCGCGUGGAAACCGCCAUCAAGUUGGACAAGAAAGAUUUUGCGGAUAUCCCUCCUCCUCCGAUGGGUGCACCUGCCGAUGUCAAAGUCAGCCCCAUGGCUGAAGUUUUGAAACAGGCCACCGUUCUGGAAGAAGGACAACGGCCGAUCUACCUAGAUAUGCAAUCGACAACACCGGUUGACCCCCGAGUGCUCGAUGCGAUGAUGCCGUUCUAUGUCGGCGUGUAUGGCAACCCGCACUCCCGCACUCAUGCCUACGGCUGGGAGAGCGAAAAGGCUGUCGAGGAGGCGCGCCAACACAUUGCGUCACUGAUUGGUGCUGACCCCAAGGAAAUCAUCUUUACGUCCGGGGCCACGGAAAGCAACAACAUGAGCAUCAAGGGCGUGGCCCGAUUUUUUGGUCGAUCCGGCAGGAAGAAGCACGUUGUCACCACACAAACGGAGCACAAGUGUGUGCUUGAUAGCUGCCGACAUUUACAGGACGAGGGGUUCGACAUCACCUAUCUCCCGGUGCAGAACAAUGGACUCGUCAAUAUGGCGGAUCUAGAGGCUGCCAUCAAGCCCGAGACCGCUCUCGUCAGCAUCAUGGCCGUCAACAACGAGAUAGGCGUGAUCCAGCCCAUGGAGGAGAUUGGCAAGUUGUGCCGCCAGAAGAAGGUCUUUUUCCACACAGACGCUGCCCAGGCCGUGGGCAAAAUUCCUCUCGAUGUCAACGCCAUGAACAUUGAUUUGAUGUCGAUUUCCUCUCACAAGAUUUACGGCCCCAAGGGUAUUGGCGCUUGCUACGUGCGAAGACGGCCCAGGGUUCGAUUGGACCCUAUCAUCACUGGUGGUGGCCAGGAACGUGGUCUCCGAAGCGGCACCCUAGCUCCCCCGCUGGUCGUAGGUUUCGGCGAGGCAUGCCGCAUCGCCAAGGAUGAAAUGGAGUACGAUUCCAAGCGGAUCAAAACCCUGUCGGAUCGUCUUCUGAAGGGCCUCCUCUCCCUGGAACACACCUCGCAGAACGGCGACGAGCACGCCUUCUACCCUGGCUGCGUCAACGUGUCGUUUGCCUACGUGGAAGGAGAGUCCCUGCUCAUGGCGCUGAAGGAUAUUGCGCUCUCUUCUGGCAGCGCGUGUACGUCGGCCUCGCUGGAACCCAGCUACGUCCUUCGUGCGCUCGGAAACAGCGACGAGAGCGCCCACAGCAGCAUCCGAUUCGGCAUCGGACGGUUCACGACGGAGGCCGAGAUCGAUUACGUGCUCAAGGCUGUCCAGGAACGGGUCAACUUUUUGAGAGAGCUGAGCCCCUUGUGGGAGCUCGUGCAGGAGGGCGUUGAUUUGAACACGAUUCAGUGGAGCCAGCACUAA